AUGUCGACAACUACGACGCUCCCCGCGAUCCAGAUCAAUGUCAACUACAACGAGCUCAAGGCCCACAUCAGAGACUUCUUCACUCACUUCAAAUCCCUGUCAGAUAUAGACCUCGAUGUUGAUGCCGAGUUGCAAGAGCUGGGAAUCAAGUAUUUGGACUUGUUGCAGAAAAUUGCCAACAGAGACAUUUCCACGCUUUACAUCGACUUGGACGACAUCAAGCUGUACCAGGAGAAUCAAUUCUUUUCGUCGUCGCAGCCUUCACAGCCCUCGCUGGUGAAUUUGCUUAAUCACAUAUUGAAGAACACCCAUCAUUUUGUUGAGCUUUUUUCUCUGGUUGUGGAUGAGUUGAUGCCUGAACCUACAAAAGAAUACUCCGUUAAAGAUGACGUUUUGGACGUCAUUUUACACCAGAGGAAAUUAAGAAACUUGAGAGUGUCGCAGGAGAACAGAGACGAGCUCAACGCUUUGAACGCUGGCUUGUCUCAGCAAACCAACAAUGACUGGCAAAACUCCCAGCAAGCUGAUGAUUUGCUUCUGGUAAAUAUGUUUCCUCCAAAAUUGACUAGGAGAUACCACUUGUACUUCAAGCCUUUGAGCGACAGAACAAAGGCCUUGGCAGUUAGAGACGUCAAGGGCCCUCACGUGGGUAAAUACAUCACCGUGAGAGGGAUUGUCACCAGAGUGUCUGACGUGAAGCCCUCGGUGCUUGUCAACGCCUAUACGUGUGAUAAGUGUGGCCACGAGAUCUUCCAGGAGGUCAACUCCAAAGUGUUUCAGCCUUUAACCGAUUGCACGUCCUCAGUGUGCAAAGGCGAUAACCAAAGAGGUCAAUUGUUCAUGCUGACGCGGGCGUCGAAGUUUCUGUCUUUUCAGGAAGUCAAGAUCCAGGAGAUGGCUUCCCAGGUGCCAGUGGGUCAUAUUCCUAGAACCCUCACGAUUCACGUCAAUGGUGAUUUGGUCAGACUGAUGAACCCUGGUGACAUUGUUGAUGUCUCGGGUAUUCUUUUGCCAUCUCCAUACACGGGCUUCCGUGCUCUAAAGGCCGGUCUUUUGACAGAAACCUUCUUGGAAGCCCAGUAUGUCCAGCAACACAAGAAGCAGUACGAAUCUCUCGAUAUAACUCCCGAAAUCAGAGACCAAAUGAUCGCUUUGAACCGCGAGGGCAAUGGCACGAUUUACAGGCGCUUGGCCCAGUCGAUCGCUCCGGAAAUUUAUGGCCACCUUGACGUCAAGAAGAUUCUUCUUCUCCUUCUUUGCGGUGGUGUCACCAAGGAGAUUGGCGACGGUAUGAGAAUUCGUGGUGACAUCAAUGUGUGCCUCAUGGGUGAUCCCGGUGUAGCCAAGUCUCAAUUGCUUAAAGCCAUCAACAAGAUUGCCCCAAGAUCAGUUUAUACCACUGGUCGUGGUUCUUCUGGUGUUGGUUUGACCGCUGCCGUCAUGAGAGACCCCGUGACCGACGAGAUGGUUCUCGAAGGUGGUGCUUUAGUGCUCGCCGAUAAUGGUAUCUGUUGCAUUGAUGAGUUUGAUAAGAUGGAGGAGGGUGACCGAACAGCUAUCCACGAAGUCAUGGAACAGCAAACGAUUUCCAUCUCCAAGGCUGGCAUUAACACCACCUUGAAUGCUCGUACAUCCAUCUUGGCCGCGGCUAACCCGUUAUACGGUCGUUACAAUCCCAGACUAUCCCCUCACGAGAAUAUCAACUUGCCGGCUGCUCUUUUGUCUCGUUUCGAUAUCAUGUUUUUGAUCUUGGACCAGGCGUCUGAAGAAAACGACGAACUAUUGGCUGAACACGUCACCUAUGUGCACAGAGAAGGGAGACAGCCAGAGAUGGAGUUUACUCCAUUGGACCCACAAACCAUCAGACAGUACAUUUCCGUGGCAAGAACCUAUCGUCCCGUGGUGCCUAAAGAGGUGGGUGACCAUGUUGUGCAGCUGUACAUCCAGAUGAGAAAAGAGGCUCAGAGAAACGAGGGAUCCGUCAAGAAGUUCUCUCAUAUCACCCCUAGAACAUUGUUGGGCAUCUUGCGUAUCUCACAAGCACUUGCAAGACUCCGCUUCGACAACGUGGUCAGAACCACCGACGUCGAUGAGGCGCUCAGGCUUCUUCUGGUUUCGAAAUCAUCAAUGGGUGGCCACGACGAACUUGAAAGAGAGGACAUCACUACCAGAAUCAUGAAUGUGAUUCGUUCUAUUGUGCGUGAUGAAGAACAGCAAACGCUUAACAUUAGCGACUUGCACCACAGAUUGGGUGGCAUGGGAUACACUCAAGAGCAGAUUGAUGCGUGCAUUAGAGAAUAUGAGCAACUUGAAAUUUUCCAGGUUGUUGAGAAUGGCGAGUCCUUGUUGGUGGUGACCUAG